CUUCCCCGGACGCAGCCCAGGCUCCCGGCGCGCUGGUCCGCUGCGCUCAUGGCUUCGCCCAGCAAGGCGGUGAUUGUCCCAGGCAACGGCGGUGGCGAUGUGGCCACUCACGGCUGGUAUGGCUGGGUGAAGAAGAGGCUGGAGCAGAUACCUGGUUUCCAGUUGGCUAAAAACAUGCCUGACCCAAUCACAGCCCGAGAGAGCAUCUGGCUGCCUUUCAUGGAGACGGAGCUGCGCUGUGAUGAGGAGACCAUCAUUAUAGGCCACAGUUCCGGGGCCAUUGCGGCCAUGAGGUAUGCAGAAACCCACCGAGUGUAUGCUAUUGUGUUAGUGUCUGCCUACACAUCUGACCUGGGGGAUGAGAACGAGCGUGCGAGUGGAUACUUCAGCCGCCCCUGGCAGUGGGAGAAGAUCAAAGCCAACUGCCCUCACAUUGUGCAGUUCGGCUCCACCGAUGAUCCUUUCCUUCCUUGGAAGGAACAACAAGAAGUGGCUGACAGGUUGGAAGCCAAAUUGUACAGCUUCACUGACCGUGGCCAUUUUCAGAACACAGAGUUUCAUGAACUGGUUAAUGUGGUCAAGUCCCUGCUGAAAGUACAAGCAUAGACGGGACAGCUCCUGCUGUUCUGCUUAAUAGCACAGGAGCAAGCAGUGACCAGGUGAACAGACAACAGUCAUCUAUUGUCAGAUGAUUACCGGGCACACAAAACAAAUCAAGUUCCAAAAGAUGCCCAAAAGACAUGCAAGUUUCAAUGUUCAAAUUAAAUCACAAACAGCAUUUUCAUUUUCCUGAAAUUUGUAUCUCAUGUUGCUGUGACCUAAAACAGUAUUUUUCCCAUUUGAUAAGGGACAUAGGGCAGCUUCACCACCCUUAUCCAUUCAGGUUUCCUGAUCCCCAGUCCAGAUUAAAUUAAGUAGGUUUCAUGUUAGGUUGUAGGAGUUGUUCUUCUCUCUGACAUAAAAUGUUUCUGUUUUAUUGGGGAAAGAAAACAUGACCAAAGGUCCAGAGUGUUGGCUAGAACUCAAAAUAGCUGCUGUUUGGAGCUUGCCCAGGAUAUCAACCAGGCCUUUCCCCUUUGACACCCUGACCCCUUGUCCUUUAAACAUGCCGAGAGUGACAUGCAAGGAUGCUGGGGCAGGGUCUGAAAGGUCAGGUGGGGAUACAGCUGACGAAGACCAGACUGCUGAGGCUUUGGGCAACGUGGAGAACUGCUGGGCCCUGACUGAAUUGCUGCCAUGUGGGAAUUUGGCAAGAUACUGCCAGUUUUCUGAUUUUACAAGGAUAAAACUUCAUACCGUGGUUUUUAUAUUUAGGUACUGUAAGAGUACAUAUGUAUAAUCCGUAUGUACACAAAUUAUGUCCAGGCCAUAGAUAUAUGGGUUAUGUUAGUUGGGAACUACAGUGUAAAGUAAAAAUCUGCAAACACUGCAAGACACAAGAAGUCCCAGCCAGCCGUCUGUGGCCUCCGCCGUAAGUAGAGGUGCUUAACUUAGCCAGGUGCUUUAAAUGACUCACUAUAAAGCCUGAGAAAAGUCUGAGAAAUGAACGUCAUGUCAAAGGAUAAAAUCAUGAGAACAAUUUGGGUUUGUUACAAAGUCUUAAAUAUUUUUAAAAAUCAUCUUUCCAUUCCUCAAAUUGUGUUCUGUAAAGAGUUCUGCCUUUCAGUGUCCAUGUUCCUUUAGACCUCUGUCAGCACCACUGCAUGAUUUUUCUUCUAGUCCUACUCCUGCAAAAAAAAACCCUUUAUCAUUUUCCGGCAUUUUUGACUGUGGUCCCCAGGUGUUCCCUCAAACAGUUUCUGGUGAAUUCGUACCUGACAUUUGCUACAGUAAUGUGAAUUCCCAUGCUGUUUACACCUAACAAAGAUCCAAAGCCAUCAUUUUAACCUGAAAAAAUCUUUUGAUUUCUAAAUGUGCUCAAAAGAGGUCAGCAGAAAUUCUCUGAAUUUCUAGCAGUAAUUAUUGUAGGAGAUGGGAAUUCUGGUCAGGAUGGUGUGGUGGAUGUCUCCUUUUUACUUUAUACACCUGGAGAUGAUUGGAAUUUGUUCCACUGAAUGUGUAUUACUUUUAUCAUUACAAAUAAAGAUUUAAAACGGCAUAUUUGACAAGUUAGUGAAAAGUGUAGUAGAUAAAUCAGUUGAAUAGUUUUCUUAGCAAGGCUGUUUAGCAUUGAUUUGACCAAGCCUAUAAUCAAAGUUUGAUUCUGUUUGAAUUAUUUGGAAGUAGUAAUUGCUCUACUUAUGCUCUGCCUUGUUUUCUAAAGUCCUUUAAAAAAAAACUAUCAACCUACACAAACAACAGUUUGUAAUACUUUGUUGCGCUCUUCCUCUGUAGAACAAAACCAAAUACAUACAACUGAGAGUAAUUUUAUUAUUAUUAUAAUUAAAGUAUAGUUGAUUUA